AUGACAUUUGUGAGGAACGAGCUGAAGAUGUUCAAGAGGAUUCUUAGUCCAGAACUCCCAGAAGGCUUUGAGAGUCAGAAGCAGGAUAAGGAAGUGGUGGACCCUGAAGAUGAGAAGCAGGAGAGCAGUGCCAGAGAGGGGGCUCUGAAGAUCACACUGCACAUCCUGAGGAAAAUGAACCAGAUGGAGCUUGCUGACACACUGGAGAAAUAUUCAGAUGAUCCUUCUGUGAUUUGCCAACGUGAACUCAAAUCUAAUCUAAAGAAGAAGUUUCAAUGUGUAUUUGAGGGGAUCGCUAAACAAGGAAACCCAACACUUCUCAAUAAGAUCUACACAGAGCUCUACAUCACAGAGGGUGGAACAGGAGAGGUCAAUAAUGAACAUGAGCUGAGACAGAUUGAGACAACAACCAGGAAACAAGCAAGACCAGAGACUGCAAUCAAAUGUAACGACAUCUUCAAACCCUUAACUGGACAAGACAAACCUAUCAGAACUGUGCUGACAAAGGGAGUUGCUGGCAUUGGAAAAACAGUCUCUGUGCAGAAGUUCAUUCUGGACUGGGCUGAAGGAAAAGCAAAUCAGGAUGUCCAAUUUGUAUUUUCAUUCCCUUUCCGGGAGCUGAAUUUGAUGAAAGGGGACAAACAAACUUUGAUUGAACUUCUCAAUCACUUCUCAAUGGAAACCAAACAAUCAAGAAUCUCCAACUACGACAAGUACAAAGUUCUGUUCAUCUUUGAUGGUCUGGAUGAGUGCCGACUGCCCCUAGACUUCCAGAAGAACAAGAUCUGUUGUGACGUCACAGAGUCAACCUCAGUGGAUGUUCUGCUAACAAAUCUCAUCAAGGGAAAUCUGCUUCCCUCUGCUCUCCUCUGGAUAACUACCCGACCUGCAGCAGCCAAUAAGAUCCCUUCAGUGUGUGUUGACCAGGUGACAGAGGUACGAGGGUUCAAUGACCCACAGAAGGAGGAGUACUUCAGGAAGAGAUUCAGUGAUGAGGACCUGGCCAGCAGAAUCAUCUCACACAUAAAGACAUCAAGGAGCCUCCACAUCAUGUGCCACAUUCCAGUCUUCUGUUGGAUUUCAGCAAUAGUCCUUGAACACAUGCUGAAACAUAAGAGAGAAGAGAUGCCCAAGACUCUGACUGAGAUGUACACACACCUUGUGGUGUUUCAUACCAAACAGAAGAAUGAAAAGUAUCUUGGGAAAGAAGAGACAGGUCCACACUGGAAUAAAGAGAGCAUUCUGUCACUGGGAAAACUGGCUUUUCAACAGCUUGUGAAUGGCAACCUAAUUUUCUAUGAAGAAGACCUGAAAGAGUCUGGUAUUGAUGUCAGUGAAGCCUCAGUGUACUCAGGAUUGUGCACACAGCUCUUUAAAGAGGAACGUGGGCUGUACCAGGAAAAGGUGUACUGCUUUGUUCAUCUGAGCAUUCAGGAGUUUCUGGCUGCUGUAUAUGUGUUCCUCUCAUUCAUCAACAACAAUGAGAAUCUAAUGGAUGAACUGCAAACAAAAGACGAGUCUGAAGUUACUUUCUACAAGAGUGCUGUGGAUAAAGCCUUACAAAGUGAGACAGGAAACCUGGACCUUUUCCUCCGCUUCCUUCUGGGCCUCUCACUGGAGUCCAAUCAGAAGCACUUACGAGGUCUACUGACAAAGACAAGAAGCAGCUCACAGAGCCAUGAAGACACAGUCGAAUACAUCAAGGAGAAGAUCAGGGAGAAUCCCUCUCCAGAGAGGAGCAUCAAUCUGUUCCACUGUCUGAAUGAACUGAAUGACCAUUCUCUAGUGGAGGAGAUCCAAAGCUACCUGAGAUCAGGAAGUCUCUCAAAACCCAACCUGUCACCUGCACAGUGGUCAGCUCUGGUCUUUGUGUUGCUGACUUCAGAAAAGGAGCUGGAUGUGUUUGACCUGAAGAAAUACUCCAGAUCAGAGGAAGGUCUUCUGAGGCUGCUGCCAGUGGUCAAAGCCUCCAGAGCUGCUCUGCUGUCAGGCUGUGGAGUCACAGAGGAAGGCUGUGCUUCUCUGGUCUCAGCUCUGGAGUCAAACCCCUCACACCUGAGAGAGCUGGAUCUGAGUAACAAUGACCUGAAGGAUUCAGGAGUGAAGCUGCUCUCUGCUGGACUGGGGAAUCCCCACUGUAAACUGGAGACUCUGAGGCUGUCAGGCUGUCUAGUCACAGAGGAAGCCUGUGCUUCUCUGUUCUCAGCUCUGAGGUCAAACCCCUCACACCUGAGAAAGUUGGAUCUGAGUAACAAUGACCUGAAGGAUUCAGGAGUGGAGCUGCUCUCUGCUGGACUGGAGGAUCCCCACUGCAAACUGGAGACUCUGAGGCUAUCAGGCUGUCUAGUCACAGAGGAAGGCUGUGCUUCUCUGGUCUCAGCUCUGAGGUCACACCCCUCACACCUGAGAGAGCUGGACGUGAGCUACAAUCACCCAGGAGACUCAGGAGUCAGACUGCUCUCUGCUGGACUGGAGGAUCCACACUGCAGACUGGAGAAACUCAAGCUGUCAGGCUGUGGAGUCACAGAGGAAGGCUGUGCUUCUCUGGUCUCAGCUCUGGAGUCAAACCCCUCACACCUGAGAGAGCUGGAUCUGAGUAACAAUGACCUGAAGGAUUCAGGAGUGAAGCUGCUCUCUGCUGCUGGGAAUCCCCACUGUAAACUGGAGACUCUGAGGCUGUCAGGCUGUCUAGUCACAGAGGAAGCCUGUGCUUCUCUGUUCUCAGCUCUGAGGUCAAACCCCUCACACCUGAGAAAGUUGGAUCUGAGUAACAAUGACCUGAAGGAUUCAGGAGUGAAGCUGCUCUCUGCUGGACUGGAGGAUCCCCACUGCAAACUGGAGACUCUGAGGCUGUCAGGCUGUGGAGUCACAGAGGAAGGCUGUGCUUCUCUGGUCUCAGCUCUGAGCUCAAAUCCCUCAUAUCUGAAAGAGUUGGGUCUGAGUAACAAUGACCUGAAGGAUUCAGGAGUGAAGCUGCUCUCUGCUGGACUGGGGAAUCCCCACUGUAAACUGGAGACUCUGUGGCUGUCAGGCUGUCUAGUCACAGAGGAAGGCUGUGCUUCUCUGGUCUCAGCUCUGAGGUCAAACCCCUCACACCUGAGAGAGCUGGACCUGAGCUACAAUCACCCAGGAGACUCAGGAGUCAGACUGCUCUCUGCUGGACUGGAGGAUCCACACUGCAGACUGGAGAAACUCAAUGUGGAACAUGGUGGAGAGAACAGAAUGAAACCUGGACUUAGAAAAUAUGUCUGUGAUCUCACACUGGACCUAAACACAGUAAACAGACGCCUCUCUCUGUCUGAGGAGAACAGAAAGGUGACAUGUAGGACAGAGGAGCAGCCGUAUCCUGAUCACCCAGAGAGAUUUGAGGACUGGGGACAGGUGCUGUGUAGAGAGGGUCUGACUGGGCGCUGUUACUGGGAGGUAGAGUGGAGUGGAAGAGGGGCUGUUAUAGGAGUGACAUAUAAAGGAAUCAGCAGGAGAGGAGGGGUUAAGGAAUGUUGGCUUGGAUACAAUGACAAGUCCUGGAACCUGCACUGCUCUGACAACAGCUACACAGCCUGUCACAAUAAUAAUCCCACUACCAUAGACGUCCCCUCCUCCAGACCCCACAGAGUAGGAGUGUAUCUGGACUGGCCAGCCGGCACUCUGUCCUUCUACAGAGUCUCCUCUUACACACUGACCCACCUGAUCACAUUCACCUCCACAUUCACUGAGCCCCUCUAUCCAGGGUUUAGGGUUUAUGAUGAUUCCUUUGGGAUUUGGGACUCCUCAGUGUCCCUGUGCCAGUGAUACACACACACUAUCUCACUCACACACACACACACACACACACACACACACACACACACACACACACACACACACACACACACACACACACACACACACACACACACACACACAGGACACAAACACAAACAAACACACACACACACACACACACAAACACACACAUUGGACACACACACAUAUUGGACACACACACACAUUAGACACACGCUCUAGUGCACACACACACACACACACACACACACUGGACACACACAGACACACACUGACACUCACACACACAUACAUAGUGGACACACACACACUGGACACACACUCAGACUGGACACACACACACACACACACACACACACAUAUUGGCGUUUUCAAAAAACAUAUGCCAUUCAGGGCACCAGUCUAGGACCAGUGGUUGCUUAUCAGUUUCUGGACCACAGGUUCUAGAACAGCUUCUAUCCCAGUUCUAUCUGCCUGUUAAAUUAGUUUCUGGACCACAGGUGCGAGAACAACUUCUAUGCCAGUUCUAUCUGCCUGUUAAAUCAGUUUCUGGAUCACAGGUUCUAGAACAGCUUCUAUCCCAGUUCUAUCUGCCUGUUAAAUCAGUUUCUGGACCACAGGUUCUAGAACAGCUACUAUCCCAGUUCUAUCUGCCUGUUAAAUCAGUUUCUGGACCACAGGUUCUAGAACAGCUACUAUCCCAGUUCUAUCUGCCUGCUGUUCUAGAACAGCUUCUAUCCCAGUUCUAUCUGCCUGUUAAAUCAGUUUCUGGAUCACAGGUUCUAGAACAGCUUCUAUCCCAGUUCUAUCUGCCUGUUAAAUCAGUUUCUAGAUCACAGGUUCUAGAACAGCUUCUAUCCCAGUUCUAUCUGCCCGUUAAAUCAGUUUCUGGACCACAGGUUCUAGAACAGUUUCUAUCCCAGUUCUAUCUGCCUGUUAAAUCAGUUUCUGGACCACAGGUUCUAGAACAGCUUCUAUCCCAGUUCUAUCUGCCUGUUAAAUCAGUUUCUGGACCACAGGUUCUAGAACAUCUUCUAUCCCAGUUCUAUCUGCCCGUUAAAUCAGUUUCUGGACCACAGGUUCUAGAACAGCUUCUAUCCCAGUUCUAUCUGCCUGUUAAAUCAGUUUCUGGAUCACAGGUUCUAGAACAGCUUCUAUCCCAGUUCUAUCUGCCUGUUAAAUCAUCAACCUAAACUGUUUUCAUCAGACUAUUAGAACAUGACUGAACCUUUUGGUUCCUUUUCUGAUCUUUUACCACUUUGCAUUUUUUAUUAUAUAUUUUACUGUUUGUGUUUGUACCACAGGAGGUUGGUGGGACCUUAAUUGGGGAGGACAGGCUUGUAAUGGCUGGAGGGGAAUAAGUGGAAUGGUAUCAAACACGUGGUUUCCAUGUGUUCCAUUUCAUUCACUCUGUUCCAGACAUUAUUAUGAGCCGUCCUCCCCUCACCAGCCUCCACUGGUAUGUACUGUCCUAUAUGUGAGAGAGCUCCAACAAGGAAUUACAAUGUAUGUAUUACUUUUAAUACCUGCAAAUGGCAAAUAAACUACUUGAACUCCUUA